ACUGAGCGUUAGCUUUAGCCGUCCAUUGGGAAAUCCCAUGAAACGUUAGCAUCAAGCUAGCAGACUAGCAGACAACCCAACCCUAGAGGAAAGAGUGCUAACCACUGCACCACAGUGCAGCUCCUAAAAAAAAAAAAAAUUCUGAAAUAAUUCAUGAGUUAUAACAAUUUUUAAAAUAUUUAAAUAUUUAAAAAAAAUUUGUAUAAAUUUGUAAACUUAAAAUUGAAUUGAAUAAUCGGGAAAAAAAACGGAAUCGAAUUGAUUCAGGCUCCUGUGAAUCGAAUCGGAUCGUUGCUGGAUAGUAUAACCGAUACCCACCCCUAGUGUCCAAGUUGUUCCCAUAAAAACUUUUUCUUCUUGAUUUUCUUUUUUUUCCCCUGUGGCCUCUUCCUCCUUCCAUAGACCCUGAGAGCAAACCUGGGAUUUUGUAGGACCCAGCAGCCCACCCGGCGCUCGGCUUCACCUGUUCGCGUGCACACAUCGCUCUCCCCCCCUCACCCCCUCCUCCUCUUCUUCACUUGCCUUCCAUCGCUCCAUCAAGAUGCCUAAAAGCCUCCCGCCUCCCGGCAUGCUCCGCUGCAGCCUGCUGCUCAUCCUCAGCGCGUCCCUGGCCGGCGCCUCCCUGGCCGACAUGGUGUUCCGCUGCCCGGGCUGCAGCGCGGAGCGCCAGGCGCUGUGCCCGCCGCUGGCGGAGGCGUGCGCGGAGAUCGUGCGCGAGCCGGGCUGCGGGUGCUGCCCCGUGUGCGCCCGCCAGGAGGGCGAGGCGUGCGGCGUGUACACCCCGCGGUGCUCGUCGGGUCUGCGGUGCUACCCGACGCCCGACUCGGAGCUGCCGCUGGAGCAGCUGGUGCGGGGCCAGGGCCAGUGCCGGCGCAAAGUGGACGCGGAGACGGGCGCCUCCAGCCAGGAGCAGCGCGAGCAGACCAGCGGUGAGGCUGUGGAGCUGCAGCCUGAACUGGGCGUCAGCGAGAUGCCGACCGUUCGAAAGCCCAGCAGAGAGAGCACCUGGCUGGGGCCCAAAGAGAGUGCAGUACGCCAGCACAGACAGGAGAUGAAGACCAAGAUGAAGACCAACAAGGUAGAAGAGGUGAGACCUACUCGGCCCAAACAGACUCAGUGUCAGCAGGAGCUGGACCAGGUCCUGGAGCGGAUAUCCAAGAUGCCCUUCAGAGAUAACAGAGGCCCCCUGGAAGACCUGUAUGCCCUGCACAUCCCCAACUGCGACAAGAGGGGGCAGUAUAACCUCAAACAGUGUAAGAUGUCUCUGCACGGACAGCGCGGCGAGUGCUGGUGCGUCCACCCUCACACUGGCAGACCCAUUCCGUCAGCCCCAACCGUGAGGGGGGACCCCAACUGCAGCCAGUACGUCACAGAGCUGGAGCUCCCGGACACAGCGCAGAUCUAGCAUGAUGUUUAGGAAAAAACGGAAACAAAGAGCAUCUGAGUAAAGCUAUAAGCUAUGUCUUUCUGUGUCUGUCCCUAACUUUUAACAUCUUAACAACCGGAAAGGAUUAGAACCCGGCAUGUUGCAUAAGAUGCAGAUUACAGAACAGAUUAUUUUCUGCUUUAGAUAGAAAAGUGGAGUGUCAGUAACACAGCUUUACUAAUUGUGACUUGUUUUUUUUUAGCGUAUGUGAUAAAGCCUUUAGUGUACUGGAUAUUUUUAGGUGUGUUCUCCAUGCUUUAGAUUGUAAAAGCCUUUGAGUACAUCUGACUGUAAUACACUGAAGAUAGUUCAUGUUGGAAGUGGGAAAUGUUCAUCACCAAGAGAUAUUAUGAAUAAAACCAAAAUAUGUUCA